AUGGAAUACCUUCCCGCGCCCGUGCAGCGCGCCCUCGAAGGCGGCAUUGACCCGUACAGCCAGCACCUCGUCGAGUGGUAUUCGCAAGUGUUUCUGUGUCUGCUAGUGCUCGUCGGCUUCGGUGCCUCCUUCGUCACGUCGUCCGUCCUCGUUGGCCUGGAGAUCUUCACCAUCGGCUUUGUGCUGCUCAUGGCCGCCUGCAUCCCCCCUUGGCCAUACCUCAACAAGCACCGCAUCAAGUUCCUCCCGGUGCGCUCGUAUGGCGUCCCCGAGAAGUCGUAG